AUGGCUCACACGCGAGUACAGCUCACCAGUGGCUGGACCUUUAAGCAGCAGGAAUGGUCGUCAGAAGAAUGGCUUCCUGUUUCACAGGUCCCUAGUCAAAUUCACAUGGACCUCCUGGCUCACAAAAAAAUCCCAGAUCCCUUCGUUGACAUCAAUGAGCGUGCAGUCCAGUGGGUGGGCGACAAAGUAUGGCAAUACAAAGUGUCAUUUCCUACCCCAAAGGCAUCAUCUGGAGAUCUCACUACAGAUCUUGUGUUUGAAGGCCUUGACACAUUUGCUACCGUAGCCCUGAACGGAAAAGAGAUUCUCAAGACAGACAACAUGUUUGUAUCAUACCGCGUCAACAUUUCUGAGCACCUCAAACAUGAUGGCGACAAUGUCUUGGAGAUUGAAUUUGACUCCGCUUGGAUUCGUGGAAGAGAGCUUGUCAAGGAACAUAGCCAUGAGCACAAUUUUCUCGUCAGACAGACCGAAGCUGGUCGAGUGGCUGUCAGAAAGGCCCAGUACAACUGGGGUUGGGAUUGGGGUCCUAUUCUGAUGACUGCUGGACCCUGGAAGCCAGUAUAUCUCGAGCAGUACACUGCCCGCCUCGAUGAUGUGUGGGCUCAAAACGAAGUCGCUUCAGAUUUGAAGACUUGCUCAGGUACUAUUUACGCCAACAUUGCCGGUCAAGUCCAUACAAAUGACAAGCUGGCUGUGUCAUUGACACUGGAUGGCAAGAACAUCAUUCAAGAACAAGUCACCAUUCCAAACAACGGCAAAGUGUCUGUCCCAUUCAAAAUUGCCGACCCCCAACUCUGGUACCCUCUCAACUACGGCCCACAAACUCGCUACAAUCUUCAAGCUACAAUCGUGCGAAACGACAUCGAGCUACAUGCCACAUUCAAAUUAAUCGGCUUCCGCCGCACAGAGCUCGUUCAGGAGCCCGAUGCCCACGGCAAGUCGUUCUACUUCCGCAUCAAUAAUGUCGACGUAUUCGGUGGUGGCUCGUGCUGGAUUCCAGCCGACUCGUAUUCAUCAGCAAUUUCCCCCAAACGCUACUACGACUGGAUCAAACUCAUGGCCGAGGGCAACCAAGUCAUGAUCCGAGUUUGGGGAGGUGGCAUUUACGAAGACGAUUCCCUUAUCGACGCCUGUGACGAGCUGGGCGUGCUGGUCUGGCACGAUUUCCAGUUUGCCUGUGCUAGCUAUCCGACGUAUGCGUCAUACAUGAAGACGCUUGAGGUGGAAGUCAGACAACAUAUUCGACGACUCCGCUGGCACCCGUCAGUGAUAGCAUGGGCGGGCAACAAUGAGGAUUACCAAGUCCAGGAGCGAUACAAACUCGAUUACGACUUUGAAAACAAGGAUCCAGACUCUUGGCUCAAAUCCACCUUCCCAGCUCGAUACCUAUAUGAGCAUUUCCUUCCGGAGCUCGUCAAAGAGGAAGAUCCCUUUAUGAUCUACCACCCGUCCAGUCCCUGGGGUGACGGCAAACCCACAGCUGAUCCCACAGUGGGAGACAUUCAUCAAUGGAAUCUUUGGCAUGGUGCCGUGAACAAAUACCAAGAAGUAUCUCUUCUAGGAGGACGCUUCAUCAGUGAAUUCGGCAUGGAGGCCUACCCUCAUCUCUCCACGGUCCAGCGCAUGACCACACACCCAUCCCAACUGUACCCAGGCUCCAUGACAAUCGACUUCCACAACAAGGGUAUCUUCAACGAACGCCGUAUGACAACCUACGUCUCUGAAAACUUCCGCCUCAAGUACGACCUCCCCUCGUACAUCCACCUCACGCAGGUCGUACAGGCGGAAGCCAUGCGCUUCGCAUACAAGACCUGGCGUCGCGACUGGGGAACCGCAGGAGACCGUAAAUGUGGUGGCGUCCUCGUCUGGCAACUCAACGACUGCUGGCCAACCAUGUCCUGGGCCGUGGUGGACUACUAUCUCGUCAAGAAACCUGCCUAUUACGCCAUCUCACGAGCAUUGAGACCCCUCGAUAUCGGUGUGACCAGGACCUACCACGACUGGACACAAACAGGGUACUACAUCGACGAGAACUCAAAGUUGUGCACAGGACAGGUCGACCAGACACUGCCAGCGAGACAAUCCGCCUUCGACGUAUGGAUUGCAAGCAGCAACGUGCAGCCUGUAGAUGCCCAAGUCACAGUACGUUUUAUAUCCAUCCGCUCUGGAAAAGACGUCACAGACAGUAUCACCGAAUCCAUCACAGCCACACCAAAUGCCACCACGACGGUAUUCUCAAACAAGCCUCUAAAACCGUCCAUCCCUCACCACGACGACUACACCGUGCCCUUUGACGUUACCCAGUAUGACCCCUAUGUAGUGUACACCACUCUGUCCGUGAAUGGCUCCGUGGUGGCCACCGACACGGCAUGGCCUGAUCCCAUCAAGUUCUUGGAUAUGCCUGAUCGUGGAAUCUCAUUCUCCAUCACGUCCAAGAAUCAGGUUACUGUUUCGGCGGACCGACCCACCAAGGGAUUCGUGUUUGAAGAAGUAGAGGGCAUGAAAUUGAGCGAUAAUGGAUUCGACAUUAUGCCCGGUGACAAGCAUGACAUUACAGUAGAUGGUCCCGUUUCCGCAGAAAAGUUGCGAUGGACGUAUAUUGGCGCGGAUGAUGCGUCACUAGAGAUAAAGUAA